CCAGCGGGACCGGGACAUUGUUAACGUCUCCCUGCGUCAGUUUACCACCAGCCCCGAGGAGUGUCGUUUUAAACGAUGUGCUGCUCCGUGGCACUUUUGCUCUGCUGUGUGAUCGUCUAUCUGCACGGCGCAUCAUCGUCAGUGGACCUGCAGCCGGACAUGCUAAAUGUGUGUGAAGAGCAGGAGAUGUCUAUGCUGGGUGUGAAGCAGCCGUGCGUUCAGGCGUUCACACGAAUGGUGAAGGUGUGGCGGCAGGGCUGUUCCUCUCAGCGCUGGUGUAUGGGGUACGAGAGGAGGACAGGGUAUUAUACUGUAUAUAGGCAGGUCUAUAAUAUGGAUAUGCAGACUGUCUACAGAUGCUGCCCAGGAUGGAUGCAGAGAGGAGAAGAGAGAGGCUGUUGGCAUAGAGUGUGUAAUUCUGUUACCUGUUUUAAUGGUGGCAAGUGUUCAGAGACUGGUGACCAGGUAUGCCAGUGUCCAGAUGGGUUUGAGGGAACACGCUGCCAAUACGAUAUAAAUGAGUGUGCACACAGCAAUGGAGGGUGUGAAGGCACAUGCUGUAACACCAUUGGCAGUUAUAACUGCAAGUGUCCUGAUGGCAGUAAACUAGGAGCUGAUGGGAAAUCUUGCCAAGAUAUAGAUGAGUGUAAGGAGCUGAAUGGUGGUUGUCAGCAGACAUGUGUUAACAAAAUUGGUUCGUUCCACUGUGAGUGUAGCGAGGGAUUCCGCAUGCAUGCUGAUGCUCGCACAUGCAUAGCUGUGAACUCCUGUGCUGUAAAGAACGGAGGUUGUGAGCACAGGUGUGUUGACUUGGGGAACGAACAGUACAAGUGUGAAUGUCGCCGUGAAUACCAACUCAAGAGAGACGGCAAACACUGCAAAUUAAAAGACCCCUGUAAAGAGCAUAAUGGAGGAUGUCUUCAUAUCUGUAGCAGUGUGAAUGGACUGGUUCAGUGCAGCUGUAGAUCAGGAUACAGACUGGCUACUGACCGCAAGAGAUGUGAAGACAUUGAUGAGUGUGUGUCCGGUCAGGCUAAAUGUGCUCACGGCUGUGUUAACAUGCUGGGAUUGUUUAGAUGUGUGUGUAAUCCCGGAUUUGAGCUCGGUGCAGAUGGGAAACAGUGCUACCGUAUAGAGAUGGAGAUUGUGAACGGCUGUGAGAAAAACAAUGGCGGCUGCUCUCAUCACUGUGAACACACCACCACCAGCACCUUGUGCUCCUGUAACCAAGGUUACCAGCUCGCUGAGGACCUUAUGACAUGCAUAGACACUGAUGAAUGUGGCAGUGGGGAAGCAUGCUGUAGUCACUACUGUGAGAAUUAUCCAGGUGGUUAUGAGUGCAGCUGUAGACCUGGAUACACACUCAGUCCUAGCGGCUGCACAUGUGAUGACAUUGAUGAGUGUGUUUCAGAGACAUCAGGCUGUGCCCAGUACUGUGUGAACACUCUGGGAUCUUUUGAAUGUUUUUGUCAGGUGGGCUUCAGACUGGACUAUGACCAAAGAUCAUGCUUACCUCUGUAUGAGAGUGAUUUGGAGGAGGAGGGAGAGGAAGGUGUGAGGGGCGGUGAAGAUGAGGCAGAGGUGCUGCGUAUGCCAGACUUAUUGUUCCGUCGCGCCCCUCAGUUGCUACAUUAUACCGCAAGUUUAAGCAGACCGUACGAUGACGACACACAGACUUACUACUCAGGACACACACACACCCAACAGCAGAGAGAGGAGCUGACCGUCAUCAGCAAGAUUAUGUGUGCAGAGGGUUCGUUCGGCGAUGACUGCAGUCUGAGCUGUGAGGACUGUGUUAACGGUGGUGUGUGUGCGAUAGAGAAAGAUCGUUGUGAGUGUACACCUGGUUGGACUGGGGUCCUCUGCAAUGAGACAUGUGCUGAGGGGACAUAUGGCAUACAGUGUAAUAGUCUGUGUGUAUGUCAAAAUGGGGGUCGCUGUGAAUCAGUGACCGGGAAGUGUGUGUGUCCUCCAGGGGUCCACGGUCUGCAUUGUGAAAACGGUUGUCCUCAGGGUUUUUAUGGAAGGUUCUGUCGGAGGAGGUGUACCUGCCCCAAUAACGGACGCUGUCAUCGUCUGUAUGGGGGGUGUCUGUGUGCCCCUGGCCUCUAUGGCAGAUUCUGCCAUCUAUCGUGUCCGAAGUGGACUCACGGAGUGGGUUGCUCAGAGGAAUGCGAGUGCUUGCAGGAAAACUCUCUCUCUUGCAAUCCCCAAAAAGGCACCUGCAAUUGUAAACUUGGUUACCAUGGUGACCGCUGCCAGACAGAAUGUGAGCAUGGUUUGUAUGGUGAUGGCUGCCAUAAACGAUGUAACUGCUCUGAGGAUGAGCCAUGUGACCCUAAAACUGGAGAGUGCCAGAAGAGAUGCCCAGCCGGAUACCACGGAGAAAAAUGCCAACUGGAGUGUGGACCUGGCCAUUAUGAUGUGAACUGUGAGAGGACAUGUGACUGUGGGGGAGAGACAUGUGACCCAAAGACUGGAGCAUGCAGCUGUCCUUCAGGAAGAACAGGCCCAGCAUGUAAAAGAGUUUGUGAGGCAGGUUUUUGGGGUGCAAGCUGUGCCAAUGUGUGCCAGUGUUCAAGUGAUGCAGUAACCUGUGAGGCCAGCAGUGGGCGCUGUGUGUGUAAGCCUGGUUUCACUGGAAAACGAUGUGAACAGAAGUGUCCCGAGGCCCGGUACGGGGCAGAAUGUAAGCAAGUGUGUGAGUGUGAAAAUGGAGCUGAAUGUGACCACGUCAGUGGAGCCUGUACCUGUACCCCCAGCUGGGUGGGAAGGCACUGUGAAAAGAGAUGUCCUGUUGGGUUUUACGGGCAGGACUGUGCGCAGAUGUGCCAGUGCAGGAACGGAGCCCAGUGCCACCACAUCACAGGCGCCUGCCGCUGCACCCCCGGCUGGGCACCGCCGCAAUGCAUCCUGGCCUGUCCAGUUGGUACAUUUGGUCAGAACUGCAGUCAGUCAUGUGACUGCCACAACAGAGGGUCAUGUGACCCAGUCAGCGGCCAGUGCAGAUGUUCACCUGGAUGGACUGGAACCAACUGCCAACAGACUUGCACACCUGGCUGGUACGGUACAAACUGUGAGCAGAGGUGCAUCUGUCCAGUGGGCGUCGCCUGUGAUCAUGUGACUGGCAGAUGUGGAUGCCCUGCGGGGUACACUGGGGACAGCUGUGAGAUGAUGUGUCUUCAGGGCAGAUUUGGUUUGAACUGUUCUCAAGUGUGUACAUGUUCUGGAGAUCGACAGAGCUGUCACCAUGUCACUGGGAAAUGCACAUGUCUACCUGGUUACUAUGGCAACCACUGUCACCUUAGAUGUCAAGAGGGCACCUAUGGACCCUACUGUAAAAAGCGGUGCAAAUGUGCCAAUGGAGGGCAAUGCAACUUCAGGACUGGCUCUUGCCUCUGUCAGCCUGGAUACUUGGGACCCAACUGCAGCACCAGUUGUCCCGUUGGGCGGUACGGAAAAGACUGUUCUCAGGUGUGUUCAUGUGGGGAAGGAGGACAGUGCCAACCCGCGACUGGGAGGUGUAACUGCGCUCCUGGUAGAAUGGGACAGUCCUGCGAACAAGUGUGCCCAAGGGGGCACUAUGGAGUGCAAUGUCGAAGUUCAUGUACAUGUGCGAACAGAGGUGUGUGCAACCCUGCAGAUGGGACAUGUAGAUGUGGUUUGGGCUGGACUGGGCAACACUGUGAAAAAGAGUGUAUCACAGGUCACUAUGGAGCAAACUGCGAGCAGAAGUGUGUGUGUUUGAAUAGCGGAACAUGUAAUCGCUUUACGGGAUACUGCUCUUGCCCGAGAGGGUACUACGGCCCCGCCUGCCAACACCAAUGUCCUGCUGGCUUUUUCGGCGAACUCUGCGCACAAUCAUGCAACUGUAGUCACAGGCACCUGUGUAAUCACGUGACGGGACAGUGCGUGUGUCCUCCAGGCUACCACGGUGACCAGUGUGAAAAAAGUUGUGAUGCUGGGCAUUAUGGGUGUGGUUGUACUGAACUCUGUGAGUGUGAUGGGGCUCCCUGUGAUUCAACCACUGGACAGUGUCUCUGCCCAUCCGGAAAGUCUGGGGAACACUGUGAAAAAGUGUGUGAAAGUGGGUCAUAUGGUCCAGGUUGUUCUUUCUCAUGUCAGUGUGCACAUGGAGGUCAGUGUGACCAGCGCACAGGACACUGUUCCUGUCCUCUCACCUGGCUGGGACCCACUUGUGAAGAAGGUGCUUCAGUAGACCAUGUGAUCUCUCGCGUGCAGAAGAGGCGACGACGUGUUUCACACUCCUAGUCCUACUACAAACACACACACACUGCACUAACAUCCCACUAGAAGGCGAGUGGCAUGGGUGAACGUGGAUGCGAGUGUGUAUAUGGAUUGUUAUUAUGGGUUUUCCCCCCGACAAGCAAGCCACAGUAUAAUUAGUAUGAGGAAGCAAUGCGACAGACACACAAGCUUCUCUUCAAAAAACACAUAAGACCACUGACAGUCUGUCAUUGAAAAUGUGUAUUUUUUUGUCAUUCUGGGCAAUCAUUCAGUCUGUGUGUGUAUUCGUUUGUAAUCAUGUCUGCGGGUAUGAACGUGUGUCUUUAAUGCGGUCAUCAAACACACAGUAUGAAGACAAGUUCGACAUGAUAUUAGUGUCAUGAGGUUUGUGUGUGUGUGUGUGUGUGUGUGUGUGUGUAUGGUUGUGAGUACACUCUCAAUUCCUUGCAAAGCUAACAUCCCACAUCAGUCAAACCAAACCAUGCGAUCGGCCGAAUGCCCACCGAGCCACAAAGCCUGACCAAACUUCUCUAUUAUAGGAUCAGAGUGAAGCCUCAACCGCUCAUUUAUAUAGUACAUACCACAAAUACGCUACUAAAGUGCUACUCAAGUGGCCUCCCAUUUGAAUACUACAACACUCAUUCAGCUUUCUGCUUUCCAUACAUAUACAUAGUCUAAAAUUGACCUAGUAAACAUACACCAACACUAAAUUUAAAACAAUAUAAAGUUUUCUUUAUUGGUACUUGCCUGUUUUUAGGCCAUAAGCAGUAGCAUUUGUGAUAUAGGUAUUUUAUUUAUAUGUGUCUGAUUGACUCGUGUGUGUAAUAUAUUUUCUGUGAUGCGAUUCCUGUGAUAGCAUAUCCAACAGACCGUAAUAACAUGUAAAUAUUCAGGAUUGUCACCCAUCAACGUGCCAUCUGAUAUACAUUUUUAAAACCAAGCUUUCAUGCAGGAUUUAGACAGAAUCAGAUGCUUGUAAAUGGAAUGAACAAGUCCUACCAAAGACAGACUUGCCACAUCUUACAUGGCAAACAAUCAUAAUCCAUACAAAUGACAGUGCUUAGCAUUCGAUCAACAGUCCUUUACUGAAAAAGUGCUGUUAAAAGGUGUUUUUAUUCCUUUGUCUUAAGUUUAUUUCUCUCAGGAUGUUAUCAAACUGAUGUACUAUCUGGCUGUACAGUGAAAAUACCUAUUGAUGCUAAACAUUUUUAUUAAACAUGUUUAUACA